GUUUCAUCAAAACACAAGUUCACAUUGAGUCGUUGUUUACGGUUUAAGGGCAAACGAUAACACAACAUGGGGGUGCCGAAGUUUUUCCGUUACAUUUCCGAACGGUACCCUUGCUUAAGUGAAGUCGUUAAGGAGUACCAGAUACCGGAGUUCGACAACUUGUACUUAGACAUGAACGGCAUCAUCCACAAUUGUUCCCAUCCAGAUGACAACAACCCCCAUUUCAGAAUAACCGAGGAGAAAAUUUUCCAGGACAUAUUCCACUACAUCGAGGUGCUGUUCAGAAUGAUCCACCCCCAAAAAUUGUUUUUCAUGGCGGUGGACGGGGUGGCACCGCGCGCCAAAAUGAACCAGCAACGAGGUAGGCGCUUCAGGUCUGCCAAGGAGGCCCAAAAAAUGGAGGCAAAGGCCCAACAGAAGGGGGAAACGCUGCCAGAUGCUGCCAGAUUCGAUUCCAAUUGCAUCACACCAGGGACCGAGUUCAUGUGCAAGUUGCAGGAUCAGCUCAAGUAUUUUGUUGUCGAUAAGAUCUCAAAUGAUCCAUUGUGGAGGAAGUGCAAAGUGAUAUUGUCUGGACAUGAAACUCCAGGAGAAGGUGAACACAAGAUAAUGGACUAUAUCAGAUACAUGAGAUCUCAGCCGGACUAUGAUCCAAACACACGACAUUGCCUUUACGGCUUGGAUGCCGACUUAAUCAUGUUAGGAUUAUGUACACACGAUCCUCAUUUUAGUUUGUUGAGAGAGGAGGUCAAAUUCUCGAAAAAAACAUCGUCGAAACGCCUCACAGCACCCGAAGACAUUACAUUUUAUUUAUUACAUUUGUCUUUGAUGAGGGAAUAUUUGGAACUAGAGUUUAAACCCUUGCAAGAUAAGUUAGGUUUUAAAUACGAUUUCGAGAAGAUAAUUGACGACUGGGUGCUGAUGGGUUUUUUAGUUGGGAACGAUUUUAUUCCGCACUUGCCCAACUUACAUAUUGCCAAAGGUGCCCUGCCCAUUUUGUACAAGGCUUACAAUGAAGUUUUACCAGAACUCGGAGGCUACAUAAACGAGGGAGGCAUCCUCAAUUUGGGGCGCUUCGAAAAGUUCUUGGAGAAACUGGCCACAAUCGACAUGGAGCACUUCGAGGAGUUAAUGGAGGACAAUGCCUAUUUCGAGUCGAAAACGGGCAGAAAAAUGACGCAGUUCGGUGGCAGGGACGUGAGACAACGUGAACUUGACCAGUGGGAGGCUGACUUGGAGGAUAAUUUCGAGUGUGAACCUCUUGAGCCAGAAACCAGUCAGAAGACGCAGGACAGCGGAUUGGCUGCUUUAAUUAAAGCCACAGAUGACAUGGACGUCAGUUCGGACAAUGAGUGUGAAAUGUUCGAAAAUUUCAAAAGAAACUAUUACAGAAACAAAAUGGAAAUAGAAAACGUUACGUCUGAAGUGAUGAGAGAUCAGGCGGAAGGAUACGUCCGUGCUAUCCAAUGGAACCUGCACUACUAUUAUAACGGCUGCUGUUCGUGGUCAUGGUACUACCCGCACCAUUACGCGCCGUACAUUUCCGACAUCAAGGGCUUCACCGACUUGAAAAUCGAAUUCGAAAUGGGCGAGCCGUUCAAGCCGUUCGAACAACUAUUGGCCGUACUUCCGGCGGCAAGCAAAAACCUCCUGCCAGCGGUUUACCACGGUUUAAUGACGGAUGACCAGUCGAUAAUUAAGCAAUAUUAUCCCGAAGACUUCAACAUGGACCUGAACGGCAAACAACAGGACUGGGAAGCUGUUGUGCUGGUCCCGUUCAUCGACGAGAACUUGCUUCUGGAGGCGAUGGCUCCGUGCAACGCACGACUGUCUGCGGAGGAGCAGCGUCGCAACCGCCACGGGCCGAUGCUCAUGUACACGUUCACGCAGAAGGAUCUGGGACCGUACGAGGCGCCGCAGUACUUCAGGAGGGUGAACUCGAACCACGCGGCCCACCAGAAACUCACCAUCGACGACAUCAGGGUGCCGAUCGAGAAGCUGGUCAAGGGGGCGUACCCGGGCAUGAAACAGGGUGUCUACUAUCCCGGUUUUCCCACCAUGAAGCAUCUCCAAUACGAGGGUCGUUUGGAGGCUGCUAAAAUAAAAGUGUUCGACUCAAUGCCCAGCAGAAAUGAGAACAUGAUAAUCAAAAUAAUUCCGGAGAAGGAACUGACCGACACCCUACCGGAAGACCUAGUUGGGAGGAACAUUUUCGUCGGUUGGCCACAUUUGGUGGAGGCAAAAGUUGUCGCUGUGUCCAACGCCACAACCAAAUACGUAAGUGCUUCCGGAGGAACCGAUUAUAAAGUACAACAAAAAACCGGAAAUGUAGACAAGAAUUUCCAAUUGGAAUCCGAAGGAAUCACAGAUUAUUAUAAAAGCAGGAUGGGAAUAGAAUGUGGUGAAACUAAAGUUUUGGUGCACGUGAAACGUAUGGUGGGAAGGCGGUAUGCCUUUUCGCCGCACGGACGUAUCAAUUACGAUAAACAGUUUGCAAAAGAUGAAAGUGUAUAUCCUCUACAAACUGUUGUUUAUAACAUAGAGGCGUACGAUUCUUGUAAUACCGUGUUUAAGAGUAUCACUAGUGUUUUUCCAGUUGGUUGUGAGGUUUAUGUGUUGACAAAUCCAUAUUAUGGGUCCAAAGCAACUGUUUUAGACAGUACAGAAUCGUGGAAGGAUUUCCGUUUGAAAAUCUGUUUGCAGUUGGAAGAUGAACCUGAUUUUACCUCAGUUUCUGAUUAUGAGAAUGACCUGCAGUUUAAAUAUAUGACCACUCAUCAUUGUGCUCAACAAUUGGGUAUGAGCUCGUUUCUGUUUUCGAAAAUCACCGGUUCCGUUUACAUAGGCGUUUACAACAGUGAAGGUGGUAUUAAAAAUAUUAAUGGCGGCUUAGAUUUAAAGUUCAAUAAGAAAAAUAAAGAAAUUCCUGGUUAUACUAAGAAAAAAGAUAACACAUGGUAUUAUUCAGCCAAAGCGGUUGAAUUAGUUAGGGACUAUGUAGAUAAAUUUCCAGAGGUAAUAGUGUUUUUCUCUAGAAAUCCCAAAGCUGAUGGAAUCUUUGCCAAAGAUAUUUUUGGAGAUGAAUGGGAAAGCAUGAGUAAAGAUCUAAUCCAGUACAUGAGAGAACUCCCGACGGCCUCAAUAGAAAAACGGUCGUGCGGCAGCACCCUGUUUGAAAAAGAAUUGGUGGAUAAAAUUGAGGAAAUAGUAGCAAAUCAUUCUAAAAAAUCCAACCCCAAACAACUCACCGUUCAAGUAAAACCCCAAUUCUUAUACAGACCCGAAAUCCAGAACGGCACGUUGAUGCCGGACCCAAAUAUGACCGCCCAACUUCUGGACCGGGUGGUGAACGUCCGAGUCGGUUUUUCCGUGCCGUACGGACUGAAGGGAACGAUAAUCGGUAUUCACAAACCGGCGGACGGAAACGAACGCGACACGAUAUACGACGUCCUGUUCGAUGAGCCUUUCAGGGACGGUUUGAAUUUAAAUUGCUCCGAUAAUAGGGGUUACAAGUUACCUGGUACUGCCUUAAUUAACUUGACUUACGGCAAAAGGUUGAUGGAUGAACGUACAGGAAAAUCAGGUGAGCUAAGAGAGAAGGCGAGACAGCAUAUUCAAGAGUUCGGUAAGGGACAACCGUUUUUCGGUCAGGGGCAGUCGGCUUUUGCUCAAGUGCAGCAAAAUCAUUGGUUCACUCAGCCAAGAUUGGCGCAGCAACAACAAGGUUUUAAGGCAAGGCCGCCACCGGUUAUUAAUAGGGAGCCAGCCAAGGCAAACAAUGUGAAGAAUAAUAAAGUAGCUGCCAAUGGGCACUGCUACUUUAUGCCUAACUUUGGUAAAAAUGUAGAUGUUAAACAUAGCCCUCAGAAACAAGUACAAGAUAGGCAACAAAAUCAAACUGCGCCAAUACAAAUUGCUCAACGUCCAAAUAACAGGCAAAAUGUGCCGGAUCAAAUUCAACGCCAACAAAGAGAACAAGUUCAAGCUACCUCUUCAAGUGCUCCAGAUAAUCAAAUUCAAAAUGAUUUAUUGAAGAAAAUGUUAAAAAUCGGUACUCCAGACAAAACUACUUCAAAUAAUGUCGAAAAUAAACUUAGUAUUUCCGACAUUUUCGCAAAUGCCCCCAAAGCCCCAGCAACAGUACAACUAAUGACGUACUUCCAGUCAAAUCGCUUAGGCUUGCCAAGAUAUCAAUACAGCCAGAACAAAGGCAAUGUGGUGGCUCAACUAACGUUGCCGAACGGAAAACUAAUUUGCGGCAAACCCCUUCCGGAUCGAGUGUUGGCAAGUGAAAGCGUCGCGGAGGAGGCUCUUAAAGAACUCACCAAAAAGACCGUCAAUGUAAUCCAGUCGUCUAAUACGAUGCCGCCACCACCACAAACGUGGGUACAACCAAGUACGACAAAAAACGACCGUCAAAAAGUGGAUUCCGCUGUGUAUACAAAUUCGAAUUUGCACCACAAAAGUCCACAGAAGAGGAACAGUUUUGGUAACAAUUCGUUCAUACCGACGCAGGCGAUGAUGAGGCAAGCGCAGAAGAACGCCAAAUCGGACAACAGGGCUAAACCUCAAACGCAUCAUCCAAAAGCCAACACUUCCGCCGCCAGUCUUAAAGAAAACGAAAGAGCACACUCGUCAAAUUCAACAAAUAAGACUGAAAGACCUAAACGUGAAAGAAAAAGUCGUAUUGCGGCUAACUUUCACAACAAAUAGGUUGUACAAAGUUUUUUUAAUAUUUACACUUGUAAUAAAUUGAUGAAUUUUGAAAUUGUGACUAUUGUGUAAAUAUGAAUUUUUAAUUUGUACAAAACCUGAGAUUAAUUAAAUAGUUCUUUUUACAAAG